UCUGCGAGCGCGCCUUUUGAUGGAGUGCAACUCGCAUAACAGGCACGUGUUCAGAUUUUUCAGCACAUCGGACAGAGAUGCGAGGACUACAGACCCAAAGAGGGAAUAGUGCAGUCAAGGAGAAAGUUGUGUUUAAUGUAGAUACUAUGGAACAAGUGGUGGCCGCGAUCAAGAAAGAGGAUUGUGAAGAGGAGUCUCUCCCUGUUUCACAACAGCCCUUAAGCAUUAAGCAAGAAGCUUUUGAAGAUGGGGAUGAUAAUUUAAUAAGCAACGAUUUUGAAGACAAAACUGUCAGCUGUAAAGUGGAGGAUUUUGAACUGGCACCCAAAAGCUUUGAAAGUGUAAGUCAUGAAGCUGUACAUACCCUCAAGAAUGACUGGUCUACUGGGAAUGACCGGUGUGUAUGGCAAUGUGCUAAAGUGAAAAAGGAGAUGAGUGAGUCAGGGUCCAUUCAGAUGGGAGAGUGGUCUCCUCAUGUGCAGUUUGUCCACAUAACACCUGCAAAAACAGAGUAUAAAGACAAGUUGAUCAGAUGUACACCCAAUGAAACUGAAGCAAAAGAAGACCCGUCAUGUACUGGACACAGAGAAAUAUCAUCUCAACAUCCUAAAUAUUCAAGAAAACGAAAAUAUGUGUCAGAAACAAAGGAUUUAAACUCUAAAGAAAGUUUUUCAAAUACUGGUUGUGUUAUGAAGCAUAAGAAGUGCAGGAGAUCAUCAGAUGUAGCCAGUCUUCAGAGGUGCACAAAGGCUCACACUGAAGAGAAACAAUAUUGCUGUUCUGAAUGUGGCAAACGGUUCUCAUACAUAAGCCGCCUUAACGCACAUAUGAAGAGUCACACUGGUGAAAAGCCAUUCUUUUGUUCUGAGUGUGGGAACCGAUUCUCUCAGAAAAUCAAUCUUCAAAUGCACUGGAGAAUUCACACUGGGGAAAAGCCACAUUGCUGUUCUGAGUGCGGCAAAAAAUUCUCGUGCAUAAGCUCUUAUUACAGACACAUAAAAAUCCAUACUGGGGAAAAGCCUCACCUCUGUUUGGAAUGUGGCAAACGAUUCUUAUGUAGAAGCCAUCUUCAGUCACAUAUGAAAAUUCACACUGGAGAAAAGCCACACUGCUGUCCUGAAUGUGGAAAGAAAUUUGCACAUAAAAGCUAUCUUCAGAUGCACAGUAAAAUGCACACUGGAGAAAAACCACACUGCUGUUCUGAAUGUGGCAAACGAUUUUUGUCCCGAAGCCAAGUCCAGACACAUAUGAGAAUGCACACUGGAGAGAAGCCACAUUGCUGUUCUGAAUGUGGAAAACGUUAUUCUGGAAUAGGAACUCUUCAGCAUCACAUGUGGGUUCACACUGCAGUGAAGCCCUACUGCUGUUCAGAAUGUGGCAAAAAAUUUUCGGCCAUGAGCAGUGUUCGGGUGCAUAUGAAAAUUCACACCGGUGAGAAGCCUCAUUCCUGUUCCGAAUGUGGUAAGCAAUUCUCGAGUAGAAGCAAUUACAAGACGCAUCUGAAAAUUCACACUGGUGAGAAGCCUCAUUGCUGUUCUGAAUGUGGCAAACAAUUCACAAAGAAAUACAAUCUUGAUAGGCACAGGAAGGUCCACAAUGAAGAUACAGGCCCAUCUUGAUAUCCCACCAGUCCCCAUAACCUCAUGUGAAUUAUAAACUGAAGCAUUACUUGGAACCAUGAAGAUAUGACAUCAAACCCGCGGUGCAAAGAAAGACAUUUACAGCAGUAUAAUAUUAUGUCAGUAACCAAAGAGUGAGGUUCCCUCCUGUUUUAAUAAUAUGCACAAAAAAUAAUUUUGUGAAAUGAAUCGCCAAACAUCAUGAUUGAUGUUUAUGGUUGAUUUUUUUUCUGCAUUUUCCUAAACCUAUUCUGAGUUACCUUUAUAUGCAAAUAUUUUAUUUAUUUUUUUGGCUAUCAAUAUCCAAUUUUGAUUUUUUUUUUCUUCUUGAAGACUGUUAUCAAAUCUUCUUAUUUUCACUAUGCAACAUCACCUGAAGAUGAAGAUUAUCAUAACCGGAUAAAAGGAGUUUAACAGAAGUCUGGGAAAAGCAAAAUGUAGCCCCGGUGCUAAUGAUUCAUAAUGCACAUGCUGCCUAGAGAUGACCCUGAGUCAGAGAAUGAAAAGCUGCAGAAACCACUUUGAAGAGGCACUGCAAAUGAAGUUAAGGUACAAGGACCAGCGAGAGAGGUAAAGUUUUAGAGGAUAUUAUAGAAAAGGGAGCCAUGAGAUCUGUUCUUCUAUUGAACCAUCAGUUAAACAAAUUGAUUGGAAGAUUCAUUUGUUUUCACAGUGUUGAUUUCUGGGAUGUAAAAUACAUAAGAACUCUGGGAAGAAAUAUACAAAUGUUGUAAAACAUAUGUUAUCUAUUAGAAUAUAUAGGUUUAAGCUUGGAUAAACUAACCAAUGUGUACAUGCUUGUUAGAAGAUGUGAAAUUGGUGCAUGGGAACUGAACUUUGUUAACUUGCAUCUCAUAAUUAGCUUAAAAUAACUACAUGAACAAAUAUUAAAACCACAGGAAUUUCUCAGCUGUCCACUUUUUAACUGCUAUCACUUACUAAAAUAACCAUUGAAAGUGGUGAAAGAAGAGGCACCUCUAUUGUUGUGAUGCAAACACGAUACAGCUUUUGAGAAAGACCGAUGACAUAUGGCUUUUGAUAUGAGAGAUGUGAAAUGUAGAGUUAGAGAGAGAGAGAGGGAUGACGUAGGCAGAUGCAACUGAACAUCAAGAUGAAAGCACAGAGCCAGCCGUCUACUAAAUGAAAAUGCUUCCCAGCGGACAAAAAGGAUAAAGCAGUGCCAUUGCAAAUAUGUUUAAAGAAUGCCUCAGUUGGAUUAAGAAGAAUGGCCUCUCACUUGGCUACACAGACGUUGAUUUGAAUCAUUCAGUUUGUAUGUUUUCAUUUUCUUCUGACUUCUAAUACUUGAUGCCUGGUAAUGCCUGCAAAUAAAUAUAAGUAAAGAUGCAAUUAAAGUUUAAAUAUUAUCUCACUGAAAUGAAGGGA